GAGAGAGAGAGAGAGAGAGAGAGAAAUCUACCAUCGUCUUGUUGUAGUUGCAGAGAGACGCGUGACAGCUUGCAGAUGCCGACAGAUGUGCCCCAAGACGAACUCAAGAUCGAGGAGGACCCCCUCAAGUGUGACCCCAUGACCCUGUCCAGCACGCCGACCAUCCGCCGAGGCAGCACCCCGCUGCCCAUCAAGCACCAGCUCAGGCGGGAAGAGGCCGUGCACGACGACUGCGACUGGUCCUCGGAAGCCGCCUGCGGAGCGUCCGCCUCGCCGCCCAUCCGCUUCAGCCCGGCCCCGGAUGACGCGGCACCAUCGGCGGCGGCGGAGGAGGCGGAAGCGGAGGGAAGGCCCGACGGCGGCCCCCUGAGAAUAGCCCUCCUCGGACAGAACGGCGUGGGGAAGUCAUCGCUGGCUUUCGCCCUAGCGGGGGACGGAGACAGGACGGCGUCGGUGGAUUCUGAAGGAGAGGGUCACGUGAGCGUCGUCACCGUGGACGACGAGGAGAGCACCAUCUUCAUCUAUGACAACUGGAGACACGACCUGUCGGCGUUGCGCUGCGAAGCGUGCGUGUUGGUGUUCUCGGUGACCGAUCGGCGCAGUUUCCACCGCACGGCGCAGCUUCGCCUCCUCCUGCGAGAGACCCAGCCGCAGACUCCCAUCAUCCUGGUGGGCAACAAAAGCGACCUGGUCCGCUCCCGAGAAGUCACCUCUCAAGAGGCCAUGUCCAGCGCGGCCCUCUUCAACUGCCUCUAUCUGGAGAUUUCGGCCUCUCUGGACCACCGCACCCCAGAGCUACUGGAGUGCGUCGUGCGGCUAGCCCGGGGUCAGCCCCCGUGGCCCCCGGGCACUAGCCCGGAGGACAUGAUUGCCGGGGGCCAGCGGGAGAGCAUCACCUCACGAGCCAAGCGCUUUCUGUCCAACCUGGUUCCGCGGUACCAACGCGAACGUGGGGACUCCGGCCGCUUCCUGCGGCAGAAAUCGCGUUCCUGCCACGACCUGGGGGCCCUGUGAUGAGGAAUGACGCAGAAAUUUGCAGGGGACACUUUGGCGUUGGGGUUGGCCUAAGCGGGCAGGUUACAUGCAGUCAAUAUAAUAAGUCCACACACCCUUUUCCAAAUGCCAGAUUUUUGGGAUAUACUGUCGAAAAUGAGACCAAGGAAAGUCACGUGACAUAUAACUUGUACAAUCCACUGAAAAAUGAAAAACAGAAUUCCUUUAAGAGAGGGGAAAUAAACAUAAACAAGUGAGGUACCGUG